UCUGCUACUCAUCUCUCCUCAAAGUUCAGCAAUGGCCGCCGCUUUUUGUCUGCUUAACUUUACCCUCUUCAUUCUGUCUUUAGUUGCUGUUUCAAUCAAUGCCCACAAUAUAACAGCCAUUCUCGAAGGUUUCCCAGAUUACUCCUCGUACAAUAGUUUCCUCUCCCAAACAAAACUCGCCGAUGAAAUCAACACCAGAGAGACAAUCACUUGUCUUGUCCUCAACAAUGGAGCUAUGUCGGCCCUCACAGCCAAACACCCCUUGUCUGUCAUCAAAAGCAUCCUUAGCCUCCACGUUCUUCUAGAUUACUACGACCCGCCAAAGCUCCACAAAAUCUCUAAAGGCACUACCCUCACUACCACGCUUUAUCAAACCACGGGAAAUGCCCCCGGAAACCUUGGGUUCGUCAACAUUACCGAUCUCCAGGGUGGUAAAGUUGGUUUCGGCUCCGCCAUUCCCGGCUCCAAACUCGACUCCUCUUACACCAAGUCUGUUAAGCAGAUUCCUUAUAAUAUCUCUAUCCUUGAGAUCAGUGCUCCGAUUAUUGCUCCGGGGAUCUUAUCGGCUCCGGCCCCGUCGGGUUCUGGUGUCAACAUUACCGGUUUGCUUGAGAAAGCCGGCUGCAAGACUUUUGCUAGUUUGCUUGCCAGUAGUGGCGUGCUCAAGACUUACGAGUCUGCGAUUGAUAAAGGGUUGACCGUUUUCGCGCCGUCCGAUGAAGCUUUCAAAGCUGAAGGUGUCCCUGAUCUGAGCAAGCUCACCAAUGCCGAACAAGUUUCGCUUCUGGAAUAUCACGCCACGCCGGAUUACAAACCCAAGGGCACUUUGAAGACCACGAAAAACCCCAUCACCACAAUGGCGACUAACGGCGCUGGGAAGUUCGAACUGACGGUUACCAACGCCGGAGACGACGUCACGCUACAUACAGGGGUUGAUCCAUCCAGAGUGGCCGAAGCGGUGUUUGACUCACCGCCGGUCGUCAUUUUCACCGUCGACAACGUUUUGCUUCCAACUGAGUUAUUCGGUAAGUCACCCUCUCCGGCACCCGCCCCUGAGCCAGUUUCAUCGCCUUCACCGACACCAAGUCCAUCUCCAUCGUCUGAGGCUCCGUCACCGCUUGCCGCGUCACCACCGGCUCCACCAAGCGACACACCCGCCGGAUCUCCGGCCGAUGCGCCAGCUGGAUCGUCGGAGAACAGCACAUCAAAUAAAGGUGCCGGUCACGUGACUACAGCUCCUCUUUCCGUCAGUAUUGUUUUCACAGUCUUUGCCACGGUCGUCUCUUCAGUUUUCUUGUCCUGAUUCGUAGUUAUGGCCAUCUGUGUUAAUUU